AUGGCUCUUCAACCAACACGCAACGGUCGUGGAGGUAAUAUUCUCUAUGACGAUGCCGUUCUUUUGCUGGGUCACCAGGGAAAUGUUCUCUCGGCCAAGUUCAGUCCUUACGGUGAAAACAUAGCUUCUGGAGGAAUGGACAGAGACAUCUUGCUAUGGAAGCUACCGGUGGAUCUCGAAGAAGAGAUCCCCAAUUACGGUAUUCUUCAAGGACAUAAAGGAGCAGUCACUUCUCUACGAUGGCUACUGGAGGCCUCGUUGUUUUCUGUUUCAUCAGAUACGACCGUCGCUUUCUGGGACACAGAAACUGGAGUCAAGAAGAGAGUAGGCAAGAGCCACUCUUCUGUUGUUAACGAUUGCGCUAAGUUGGGCCAGCAAAGUGUUUCCGUUGGAGAUGACGGCGAUGCAAUUGUGUGGGAUGAGAGGGAAAAGAACGAGAUCUUCAAGUUCACUACCGAGUAUCCUCUACUAGCGUGUGACGCUUCCAAAGAUACCAUCUACGUGAGUGGAAUAGACUCUUACGUUCGUGCUUAUGAUGUGAAAACAAAGAAAUUGGCAUGGAAGUCCCAGCCUUUCCAGGCACCAACCACGUCGUUGGCUCUCAGUCACGACGGGAAUAUGCUUGCAGCGAGAUCUAUGGAUGGUGAAGUAAGACUUCUUAGCACGAAGAAUAUCAUUACUGACGGAGUCAGUCGAGUUGGAAAAUAUGGUUAUGACGGUAGUGUGGGUGGACCUCAGAAGAAUCUUGUGAAGCUUGCCUUUUCUUCUGACGAUACCUUACUAUCGCUGGGAUCAGAAGAGCCAACUUGUGUGGUAUGGGGCUCAACAUCACGUCGUAUGGUACACAAAUUCGACGACCAUGCCAAAGGUGUUUUGGAUGUGGACUUUCAUCCUUCAGAGAAAAUUCUCAUGACGGCGUCAGCAGAUUCUAAUUUGAUAUUGAGAGAGCUUUGA